AUGGGCAUUACCGGCCUUCUUCCACUUUUAAAGGACAUAACACGGGACGUUCAUGUUCGAUCUUUCUCCGGAAAGGUUGCCGCAAUCGAUGCUUACUGCUGGAUUCAUAAAGCUGCUAUUUUCUGUGCCGAAGAGAUAAUUCUAGGGAUUGAAACAACGCGGUAAGUAUCAACACUUCGUUCUUACACGUGCUUAAAGUGCAUGAUUUUAAACGUAAGCUUCUCUGUAGUCCUUCUUUUCACCUCAGAUUUUAUUUUCUCAGGUACAUUGACAUGUGCUUGAAGUAUAUUGAUAUGCUCGUCGAAAAUAAUGUGCAGCCUAUUCUGGUUUUCGAUGGAAUGGAGCUGGAGGCCAAGGCAAAUGUGGAAACCUUUCGAAGAAGGUGAGGACAACAUGAAGUUAGCGGAGGUUUUCUAGUCGUUUUAGUCCGUAUAAAUUCAGGUUUAUCUGUUCCUUAUUGUUUGUAUGAAUUAUUAGGAAUCGUGAAGAAUCUCGGGACAAAGGUUUAACUCUUUGGAGACAAGGGCGGAAAGAAGAAGCAAAGGAACUGUUCAAAAAGGCUGUGAACAUCUCAAAUGAUAUGGCCCUCAAGUUGAUGGAGGUAACCCAGUGUUACUGGCAAUAUUGAUAUCUCCGUCUUUCUUUUACUUGGCUACUCCCAAAAAGUAAAAGUUGAGUUUGCUAUGUUGCGUUUCAAAGUGCUUUACAUGUAAACUUAUGAAAGUCAUAUUUAUGCUGUAGUGCAAUCUUUGGUAUAUAUUUUUCCCUUUUUGGAUAUCAUAUUAUUAGCUUUUGGUUCAGUCUGCUAGCAGAGCCUUCUCAAGAAGACAACAAAUUUUGAACCAAGAAUAAAAACUUUAACCAAGAAUUUAGGACUAUGCUUGGUGCCUCUCAGUGGUUAUUAACUAGGGACUACAUGUAAUCUAAAUUUUCUUUCCUUUUUUGUGUAGUCAUUUUCAUUUGUUUUUGAUUAGAGGUUUUUUUCUCCUCAGGCAUGUAGACAGAGAGGAAUUAAAUAUUUGGUGGCACCAUUUGAGGCUGAUGCCCAGCUUGCAUAUCUUAAUAAAGAGAGUUAUGCAGAUGUUGUUAUCACUGAGGACUCAGACCUGUUGGUGUUUGGUUGUACACAGGUAAUUUUUUAUUGUGUUGUUUGGUAAAUCUUCAUUAUUUAGAACAAAUGAAUGUCUUACAAAUUCAAAAAUACAUUGUGUCGUAGAUAAUAUUUAUACCCACCCCAUGCAGCCAAGGGCUGGGAUUGUUGAAAGUCUCUACAGGUGUGUUCUCUAUAAAGCCCUUUUUUAUUUGGUUAGGCACUGACUAUUAAUUUUACUGUAUUCAUCGCUCAUAUUUGUCAUGUUAUUUUAGUGAUUCAGCCAUUUGUUGUAUUGUCCUUCAAGGAUCAAUACUAAUUGCAUGUUUGUCUCUAACUUUCAGGUCUUAUUUAAAAUGAAUCACAGUGGAAGUGGGAAGCUAAUAAAAAGGGAGGAUCUGAACUCUGCCCUGAAAUUCAAGGACUUCACUUUCGAAAAAUUUAGACACAUGUGCAUCCUAUCAGGAUGUGACUACGCUUCGUCCAUUAGAGGGAUUGGACUGCAACGUGCCCGAACUGUUUUGGAGGCAGCUGGCAAUAAAGGCACACAAUGGGCCAUAAGUAACAUGAGAGAAAUCCUCCACAAGCCUUCACUUGUUAUCCCUGAUGGAUAUCAUGAGAUGUUUGAGAUGGCAGACAAAACCCUCCUGCAUCAACCAGUGUUUAACCCUGGUACCAAAAGAGUGGUUCCACUUAAUGGAGAUGUCAACAAUGAGUUUUUUUCCACCAACUUUCCGUAUCCUUUAUUUGAAUGCAAAAGGGUUCUACCUCAAGAUCUAAUCAGUGUGUUUCCAUUCUUACAGAUUUCUGACUAAAAAUAUUUCAUAAUUUUCCCAAUAUUUAGCAAAUAGUAAUGUUCAUUGAGGGCUGAUUUUGUUUAAUUCUCAAACAGGGCAAUUUAUUAUUAUUAACUUUCUCAAACACAUUUUAGUUCUUGUUGCAGCAAAUUAUAAAGGAAACAAUCAAAAGCAAAACUAAUAUCCAAGCCUUAUAUGUUUAGAAGUGGUGAAAGUCACAAUAGACCAAAACACUUCAGUUAUACUAUUGUAAAAUGCAGAAUAACAUGUGUGUCUCUGGUCAUCAAUCUACUAUUACACUAUCAUUAAGCAUUGUUGCUAUUAUCUUGAAAUAGACUUUAACUUAUUAUUAGCAGACGACCGACUGAUCAGGUGGCCGCAGACAUAGCUAUCGGCAAUAUAAAUGUGGAAACUGGAGAAAGAGUGCGGAAUUUUCCCAUGCCUUCGGCUGAG